AUGGCUAGAAUUGCGGAAUUGGAACAUGCUAUGGAAGAGAGUGUUAAACGUGAAGCUAAAAACAUUGAGCUUAAAACUGAAGUGAUGAAAUUAAGAAAUGAUGUUGAGGAGCUCAAACGGAAAACCCCUCAAACUAUUACUAAUGCUCCUUACACGAAAGACAAUUUACAAUCACAGGUUUGUUCAAUAUUACCAGAAACUUCCCAGAUAAAUAUUAUUUCAACACUUGAUGAGGAUAACUCCGGAGAUUUAGUUAGUAAUAGCACUGAAGCUCCCACUUCUCGAGAUCAAGAAUCGGUACAAAAAACACCUUGUUCUUCUGGAAAUCCUACAAUUGGGGUACAGAGUACCAUUUUUCACGAAAUAAUUUCCCAAGAUACUGCAUCUACUCUGACUCAUAACCAAAAAACUAUUCAAUCGGAAUCUCUGUAUGAAGAAGCAAAACUUCAAGUAGAUGCAUUAUCUACACCUCAACCCAAGAAGACCCUACCUGAAAAACAGAAUAAUUCAGCUCAUUAUUGUGCUUAUUUUCAUAAUAAAAUAUUAGGUUGA